ACAGCCCAGCUCGCUACUUAAACGGGCUGAUGCAACGACCUCACUUAGUCCCAAAACCUACAUCCGAGUCCCGCGAUUGUCCCAUUAUUACUGCGGAUUUGUUUUGGACGCACAACAGCGUCCAAACAAAGUUGCAUCAUUGACAGAAGACGACUGACAAGUUUCCUCUGACGGCGGUGGUGGCCGAGUCGGACAUGAUGCCGGGACAGAUACCUGACCCUUCGCUGGCGGCGGGCUCCCUGCCCAGCCUCGGCCCGCUGGCGGGCAUCUCGGCCACCACACUUACUGAUCAACUCAAGCUGGCCGACUUCCGCCAGCUGGGCACCAUGCUGUCCCCGCUGCAUUUCCUGGGGAGGCUGGGGAAGAGGCCGCUGGCCAUCAAGACCGAGAUGGAUGAAGAUGAAGAAAGGAGGAAACGGAGACGAGAGAAAAACAAGGUAGCAGCAGCGCGAUGCCGAAACAAAAAGAAGGAACGGACCGACUUCCUUCAAAGGGAAUCUGAGCGUCUGGAAAUGGUGAACUCAGAGCUGAAGGCCCAGAUCGAGGAGCUCCGUAUGGAGAGGCAGCAGCUGAUGGUGAUGCUCAACCUCCACCGGCCCACCUGCAUCGUGAGGACCGACAGCGUCAAAACACCGGAGAGCGAGGCCAACCCCCUGCUGGAGCAGCUGUCCGCCGAAACCAAGUGAAACCGGGACACCAGGGACGCAGAGUCCCUGAAGUCCGAACUAGCACCACCGUGGCUGCCAUUUAAAUGCAAGCAUAACUGGCAAUAGAUUUCUAAACAAGCACUUGAGCUCCAAGCUGGAGACUUUUGGAGACUCUGCCCAAAGAUCUGAGGUCAUGGGGCUUCCUCAGUACUGCUACAUGAGCUGGCUCUGUCCAUUGGAAGACUGGAAAUCCCCAGUUUCAUCUCCACAUUAAGUGUUGUCGUUGACACCCGCUGUGCCUAGUUGUGACUUCAACCAUCUCUACGUAAAGGGACCAAUGGAAACAGUAGAGUGCGACAGGAAACAGCGCUGAGGACUCACACUAAUAUCAAUAUGGUGCUCUGUUACAAAAGCCCUGAGUAGAUUGUGUGGCAUUGUUUCAAUGCAGAGACCCACAAAGGCUUAGUGUUCUGCAGUUUUCCUAUGUAUGCUAGUUGAAAUAUACAGGUGUAGAGUUUUUUGGAUACAAUACUCAAUACGAAUACACCAGAUGGAGGAGUGUUUUUUUUUUUAAUGUUGAUUUCUAUACCCUGCCUCGACGAUGGCAGUUACCGGUUGAUCCGAUUUGUGGUGACGCUGGCGUCAUGAAAAGCACAUAUACACAAAAUGUUUACACCCUUAUUUUUUUGGACUUGUUGUCUGUCCAUUAUUGUACUUGUUUUAUACUGCUUUGUAUACAUAAACAUAUAUGAAAUGCUUGUUAAUCACUUGAUGUGAUUUGUCUUUUUCAGUCUUUCCAGUCUGUCAUGUUGCGCUGUCAAACAGCUGUGAAAACAAGCAGAAAUCUCUUCAGCUGAGCAGUAUUUCAGUGUCUGUUCUGCACCUGUAUCUAUGUAUGAACUCUGAUACCCUGAAUAGAUUAAAUUUUAUUUUCUAACUACAA